GUCUUGUUUAGUUUUGUCAAGGAAAUUAAGAAUUUAUAUACAUUCCUUUGCAGUGAUGCAAGCACGAAUGGGAAUUGUAUGCUGUUUCAUGGGUACCACGAAAUAUUACAUAGCGGCAUCCAGGGUUUUUGAAGUAGCAAAAAUAUUAUUGCUGUAACUUUUACAGGAGGAGAUUUCUUUUAAAGUUGAAAUCAGAGUUUUGUUAUUUUAGUGGUUUCCAAUGAAUUCCAAUAUAAUCUUUAUUUUCAUCUUGCGCAUAUUAACAAAAAUGUUACAUGUUCAUACAGCGUUAUAUAACUACGAAAAGAACCCAAAUUUGUAUACCUUGUAAAUGUGCACAUUCAUACUUUUGAUUGAACACACUUUUGUCAUAUUUGUGUUUUGUGUUCGUAAAACUGUAAAAACUAUCAUUGGGCUGUAAAACACAAAUGUUCCUCAGCUUUUAUGACAAAGUACUCUCAGAAAUGGAAGUCCAUCAGCUGUUUACCAAGGAUGUAAAAUGAAGAACAUAUGUUUGUUGAACUUGGUUAAUCUUUGAAGCAGAUUUUGAAACUGUUGUCAGUUUGCAAGAAGAUGGUGAAACACUUUUUGUGUAGUUCAACUUACUGUUCAUGCAACAUUUUGUUCAGCAUGUUAGCAAGUUAGUUUGUUUUAGGUUAUGUUAAAAUAAUAAACUUAUCGAUCUUCCACGUCUACAGUCCAGCAGGCUGUUAAAGUAUCACGCCAGUGUUUGUAGUUGAUAAAUUAGAUUUCACAACCCACAAGCUAAUGCAGCUGUUGCAAUUGCAGGAUGACUACAAAACCAAGGAGAGAAUGUUGCAGGCGUGAUAUGAACUCUGAUCCAGCGUACGUGGUUGACCUGACUAUAGACUCUCCUAUGAAUCAUCCCAUACAACAUGAAUCCUUGCCUCAACGACGGGCCAGAAUGCAGAGGAGAGAAGGUGUCCCUGUGAUUGAUGACAUCAUUGAUAUUUCCACACCGGUGAAACAGAAAAGGGUAGAGGAGUCACCUAGGAAAUCCUGCAGGAAGAAAGUUGAAAAAAAGUCUUCAUUGGUAUGUGGAAUGUGUCCGGUUUGUAUGGAGGAUCUGGAAUUCGUUAAUCCAACACCAGAGAGGCAAGUCAUGUCAACACUGUGUGGGCACACCUACUGUCGUGCAUGUAUUGAGCAGGUCCUCGAAAAGAAGGAGGAGUGUCCCAAGUGUCGUAACAGGCAGACAGUUGGAGAUAUUCAUCCCUUGUACAUGUAGUACGGCAGAAUUCCAUGUGUUGUAUUUUGUUUUAUAGAUCAUUUAAUCAGAAUUUCAAUGACUAAAUUUGUAUCAAUGUAUUACUUUACUUACUGAAGAGUUUGAUUAGCUUUUAAGGUUUUGUUUAUGCUUUGUGUGGGUAAAUUGUCUUGCAUGUGUUAGUAAAGGUGAAUUAAAUUAAA